AUGGAAAAGUAUAUUAUUAAGGCUAAAAUUGGUGAGGGUGGAAGUGGAGAAUGCUGGUUAGCUGAAUCUAUUAAAGACAAAUGCAAGGUUGCUAUUAAAAUUAUCAAUAUUAGUAAUAUUAAUGAAGUAAUAAAAUGUAGAGCUAUACAUGAGACUAAAAUAUUAAGUAUGAUUAAACAUCAAAAUAUUAUUGAAGCAUUUGAAUCAUAUUCAAGUCAAAAUAUGAUCUGUAUUAUUAUGGAAUAUGCAGAUAAAGGAGAUCUCAAUAAAUUUCUAAAAAUAAGACGAAAUAAAACAGAAUAUCUAACAGAAAAUGAAGUUAUGUUUAUAUUUUUACAAAUCUUAAUGGGAAUUAAAUCUCUUCAUGAAAGGGAUAUUGUACAUGGAGAUAUUAAGACAAAUAAUAUUGUUUUAUUUUCAAAUGGUCUAGUAAAAAUAUCUGAUUUUGGUUCAUCUAAAAUUGAAUAUUUUGAUAAAAAUUUACAAUUUAAAAAUACUUCAUAUAGUUCAGAUCUAAAUAAAUUGAUAAUAGGAACACCACAUUAUAUGGCACCUGAGACUUAUUCUGAAAAUAUUUGUAAUAUAAAUAGUGAUAUUUGGAGUUUGGGUUGUAUACUUGUUGAACUUUGUUUACUUUAUCCAAUAUUUGAAAAAUUAUCUUUUCAUGAAUUACUUAUCUUUUCUUUACAUAAUAAAGACAAAUUUCAAGAAUUAAUAUUUAAUUGUAUAGAAGAUUUUAAAAUAGAAAAAAGAUAUUCUAAAGAAUUAUAUGAAUUAUGUAAAUUAUUAUUAAAUAUUGAACCUGAAUUAAGACCUAAAUUUAGUGAUUUAUUUAAAAAUAAUAAUUAUAUAAGAAAUUAUAUGUCAAUAUUUUUAAAAUCAGCUAUAAAAUAUGAUUGGAUUCAUUAUAUUGAAAUUGAAAAAAUUUGUAAUGAAUAUAAAAUAUUAAAAAUAGAAAAAAAUGAAUUUGAAUUUGGAAAUAAUUAUCCAUGGAAAAAUUAUAAUAUUAAUAAUUUAAUUGAAAAUAUUGAUGGAAAUGAAAAACUUGAUAUUUGGUUUAAAAAUAAAGAAAUAGAAUUUUAUAAAAAUAAAGAUGAGAUAUCAGAUAAUAUAUUAUUACUUGAAGAUGAUAAAAUAUCUGAAUAUGAAUAUCCAGAUAUAAGAACUAUUUUACAAAUAUUAGAGAUACGUGGAAGAUUGAAACCAAAGAAAAUUUUAACUAAAGAACAAAUUUUAACACAAUUAAAUAUAAUGACAUCAUUUUUUAGUACUCAAUUAAAUUCUUUAAAUAAAUGUAGAAUUACUCAUAAAAAAAGUGAUAAAAUAAUUAAUAUGUCACCAAUAAAACCUGUGCUUACAACUGUACCUGUUCAUAAUUCUUCAAGAUUAAUCAAUAAUAAAUUAAAUAAAUAUCGUCAAAAAAAAUAUCUUACUACAUUAAAAAAUAAAAAUAUUGAAGAGAAUAAAAAAAUUGAUUUAAAAUUAAAAUUAAAUAGACAGUAUCAUAGAGAAGAAUUGAAAAAAAUUAUUAAACAAGGAAGAGAAAAGAAAAAAAUGACAAUUAAAAAUAAUGAUAUUCAAAUAUAUUUACCAAAAAAUGAAUUAAUAUUGAAUAAUAAAGAUAUUGAACAUAAUAUUGUAUCUCAAGAUUUAAAUCAAGAUAUAGAAAAGAAUUUAUUAUCAAUGAAUAAAACAUCUCAUAAUUUAAAAGUAUCUUGUGAGGAAUUUCAAUCACCUACACAUCAAAAAGAAUGUUUCGAAAUUAAAUGUUUAUUAGAUAAAUCAAAUGAGGAAUUUCAACAAAAAAAAAAAAUAGAAGAUAUUGAGAAAGAUAAACAUAAACAUAUUGAAAAAGAUAAAUAUAAAGAUUAUUUUAUACAAAAUGAUAAUAUUAAGUUUGAAAAUAAAUUACAAGAAGAUUCUCAAUAUCUUCAAUCAAUUAGAAAACAACAAGAUUAUACAAGAUAUAGUACACCAAGAGAUAAUAUAAUAUUACAAAAUGUAGAAGAUAAUUUUGAUUCCACAAAAACUGAUUUUAAUUUAAUAUUACAUAAAAGAAUUCAAGAAUUACGUGAAGAAUGUAUUAAACAAUUUAAUAAUGAAGGUUUAUUUGAAUGGGUAUUAAAAAGUCUUAAAUCUUCUAUAUCUAUUGAUGAAAAUAUACAUAUGGAUCUUGUUCAAGAAUUACAUAGAUACUUUACACAAAAUCAAAUAGAAUCUAUCUUAGAACUUCUUAAAAGUGAGAUUGAAUUAGAAAAUCUUAAGUAA